AUGGCUGAAACCACGCCCAAUCAUAAGAGAAAUGAUCUUUGCCACUACUGGGGUUACUCGUUUCGCUGGACGGACCUCCAUACCUCUCCAGAGCAGCUCCGGCCCAAGAUGUUCACGUACGACAAGCUAGCCGAUGAAUGUCUCGAGCGUCUGGACGAGAUCUCGCCGCCCAAGAGUGCUCCUCGCCCAUCAACUGCGCCACCAGAGGCAUCAAAAGGGCCGAAGAGGGACCUGUACUCUUUGCUUGAGGAGCAUGCAAAAGAGGAUCCUAAGCUCGACCAGCUGUGGACUGAGAUCAACACCGUCCCGGAGUGGGUGGACUGGGACCAGAUCAAAAGAGGACAGGAAGUGUUUUUUCGCUACGGGCUACCGAUACUCAAUGUGCUGAGCUUCGAAAGCCUCCUGGGCGGCAUGGGCUCCGGCCGCGUUGUCGAGACGUUAACCCGCACAGGCGGGUUCUCCGCAGACGUAGUGCGGCGCCGACUCCUCGAAACCCUCCAGCACGUCCUCCAAGUAUCUCUAUCCCUCGAGUCCAUGAAACCCGGCGGCGACGGACACAUCUCGUCCGUCCGGGUACGACUCCUCCACGCAUCGGUUCGCUCCCGAAUCCUCAAGCUCGUCCAGCAGCGCCCGGAAUACUACAACGUCGAAGAAAACGGCAUCCCCAUCAGCGACCUCGACUGCAUGGCCACCAUCAACACCUUCUCGACGAGCGUCAUCUGGCUUGGCCUCCCACGCCAAGGCAUCUUUCUCCGCGACGGGGAAAUCAACGACUAUCUCGCCCUGUGGCGUCUCGUCGCAUACUACAUGGGAACACCGACGGAGCCGUUCCGCUCGCCAGCAACCGGUCGCGCGAUGAUGGAGUCGCUACUCGUGUCAGAGAUCAACCCGACAGACGUGGGGAAGAUCCUGGCGCAGAAUAUCAUCCUCGGGUUGGAGAAUACGGCGCCGACGUACGCGUCUAAGGAGUUCAUGGAAGCGAUGGCCAGACACCUGAAUGGGCAUAUGUUGUCCGAUCGGCUGGAUCUGCCGCGUCCGAAUUGGUACUAUCAGGCGCUGAUCUAUGGGUAUUGUUUCGUUGUGAUGGGCGUUUGUUAUGGGUUGAGGUUGUUUCCGGGGUUGGAUCAGACGUUUAUUGCUUUCCGUCGCAGACUCUACUAUACCCUCAUCACCGACAAAACAGAAGGACUAGGCGGCGAAUCAUUCUUCGAGUUCAAGUACGUGCCGUUCUACACGCGCACCACGAAACUGGGGAAACGGAAACAGAUCAAAGCGACACAGUACGGGAUCGAACAUCUAGCGCAGCUGGGUCUUUUGGCUGGUCUCGUGGCUGUGGUGACGUUGUUUUGCGGAACGGUUUUUGGUGUGAGGAUGUUGGCAGCUGGGGUGUUUGUUUAG